UUCCGAGUCUCAGGCAGCUGGUCGCCGGAUGCCGCUGCGGAUGAAGAUGAGGAUGAGGAUGAGGAUGAGGAUGAGGAGGCAGGAGCGGGUCUGACUGAGACUGCGGGACAUGCGGCGUCUUCUCCUCUGGAUGCGGGUUUGAGAGCUUCCCAAGCGGCCAGUCGAUGAGCGGAGCAUGUGACGGAGGAAGGUGGAGGGAUGGAGCCGCCCGCCAGCUACGGAGGUCUGCUCAACUUCUCCACCAAUGACUCCGACACCAGCGGCUCCGGGGCGGCGCGGCGGGGCUCCAGCCUGGCUCCCCAGGCGGCUCUGGCCGUGACUCUGGGGCUCGUCACCUGCGCCACCACGCUCUCCAACGCCUUCGUCAUCGCCACCAUCUACCAGUCCCGGAAGCUGCACACCCCGGCCAACUUCCUCAUCGCGUCCCUGGCGCUCACGGACCUGCUGGUGUCCAUCCUGGUGAUGCCCAUCAGCGCGCUGUACACGGUGCUGCAGACCUGGUCGCUGGGCCAGGUGAUGUGCGACAUCUGGCUGUCCUCCGACAUCACCUGCUGCACCGCCUCCAUCCUCCACCUGUGCGUCAUUGCGCUGGACCGGUACUGGGCCAUCACGGACGCGGUGGAGUACUCCAAGAAGCGCACGGCGGGACGCGCCGCCGGCAUGAUCGCGACCGCCUGGGUCAUCGCCAUCUCCAUCUCCCUACCGCCGUUCUUCUGGCGCCAGGUGAAGGCGGAGGAGGUGACGAGCUGCAACGUGAACACGGACCACAUUUUCUACACCAUCUACUCCACCUUCGGCGCCUUCUACAUCCCCACGCUGCUGCUCAUGUGCCUGUACGGCCGGAUCUACGUGGAGGCGCGGAAGCGCAUCCUGAAGCAGGCGCAGAACAAGCAGGGCAAGAGGCUGACCUCUGCGCACCUGAUCAGCAGCUCCCCCGGCUCCGUGGCGUCCAGCACCUCCCUGAACUACGGGACGAACGACGGCUCCUCCUGCGACACAACCUCGUCCUCCCCCAGCGUGAGCCACGUCAAAGUCACCGUGUCGGACGCGCUGCUGGAGAAGAAGCGCAUCUCUGCGGCCAGGGAGCGGAAGGCCACCAAGACCCUGGGCAUCAUCCUGGGAGCCUACAUCGUCUGCUGGCUGCCGUUCUUCAUCUACACCCUGCUGGUGCCUCUCUGCCAGUCCUGCUUCCACCCCGGGCUGUUCGACAUCUUCACCUGGCUGGGGUACCUCAACUCCCUCAUCAACCCCAUCAUCUACACCAUGUCCAAUGAGGACUUCCAGCAGGCCUUCCACAAACUCAUGCUGCGCUUCAGGUGCUGCAGGCCGUGAGGACUGGUUCAUCCAAAUGGAGCCCACAGGUGGGACCCAUACUGGGGUUGUCUGCAGGGUAUGUAACAGUCCAUGGUGGUUCAGGGGGUCACAGGUCACAGGCUGGAUGGAUUUUCAGUCAUCAGUCAUCGGUGCUGCUGGAACCCAUCUGAUAUUCACAGGUGGGACCAAAACUGGGAUUACCUGCAAGCUAAGAGUUAUGGACCAGACUCCGAGGCUUCGGAACCAAACACUCUGAGUGUUUGGUUCUGGUUUGGUUCAGGUUGUCCAACACGUUGCUGGAUGUUGUGAAGGACGACAUGCAGCAGGACGAUGCAUGUCAGCCUGCAGAGAUCUGUGGGCCCAACCAGGGAGCUGGAGGCCAUGAGAUCUGAAGGAAAAGGUUUUGAAUUCAUGACAUCGUUUCUGUAUCUAAAUUUGAGCUCAACUGAAGCGAGACUGGCUUUGUCCGUUUGUUCAGGUUCAAAUUGAGUGAAAACAAUUUACACUUCAUGAUAAUGUUCAUGUUUGGUUCCGAUGGAGAUCGGGUCCAACCAGCACGGUGCCAACGACCCACACGGGUCCCACAGUUCAGAUCAGAAGGUUUCUCAAAGCUGGACCGCCUGCCCUGGACAGGGAUUAAAGGUUAAAGGUUAAAGGUUAAAGGCUCCAUAAUGAGUUUAACAAGAAGCAAACAUGAUCAUCACAUUAUUGAGCUGAUUAUUAAAGAGCUUCAGUGUUUAGGCCAGGCACAUUUAGACCCAUCCAGGCCCAAACCGAUCCCAUAUGGGGCCCACUGAGUCCCCUCACUGGUUUCACUGGUUUCCUUUCAGGCUCAGAUUUUUCUGAACAACGUGAGGUGGGCUGGGACCCAUCCGUCCUGAUGCUGCAGCAGAACGAACCAGAAUGACUUGGAGGGUACCGCGGACUGGACCCCUGCCCUGGACUGGUCCACAAACUGAGGGUCCAUUUGUGUUCAAUCAGAGGAACUGUUGGUACCGCCCCGGUUCAUUCAGAACCGGUUCUAGUCGAAUAAGGAGAGUUCAUGUGGCAGGCUCCUCUUGGUUCCUCAU